AUGGCAGUGGCUUCGAAAGAGAUGUACAGCGUCUUCAGUGAGAACUUUCUAACGUGUCAUAUAUGUCUGGGGGAAUAUAAAGACCCGAGAGUGCUCCCAUGUAACCACACAUUCUGCCUGGAAUGCAUUGCUGACCAUGCAGCCAAGAAUGGUGACCAGAACAAGUUCUUCUGCCCCGUGUGUCGCCAAGAGGCCCCUGUACCACCAGAUGUGGUGAAGGCUCAGCGGGUGAUAAUACAAGCAAAACUGAGAUGUCUUCCAAACGGGAAACUGUCUCGUUUUGAAAAGGUGGAGAAAGCCAUUGUACGAACGGAAGAGAGGCUGACAGAAAAUCAGACAAAGAUUCUUCGUUUGGUGGAUUCUCAGAAAUUAGCUAUGACAAAGCAGAUAAUUAAAAACAGUAAAACUAUUGAAAGAGAACUCACCGAUUAUUACCAGCAAGUAGAGAAGUAUGUACGCGAACAGACGGACGCCUAUUUGGUCGAUGUCAAGCAGCAUUUGGAAACGUGUCGAACAAAAGUACAGUCUGAUUACACCAAAAUGAAAAGAUGUUUAGAUGAAAAAAGCAACACAAUAUCGGAAGAAGUUAAGGGACUAACGUCCACGCAGGUGAAGACUUUAGAAGCUGAAAAGGACAGGCUUGAAAUGAAUAAGAUUUCGAUUCAGACCAUUAAUGAUUUCGCUCAGCAGCUCACAAACACCGGUUCUGACAUCGAGGUCAUGACACACUCUAAAAUACUCCAAACUAGAAUUCAGGAGUUACAAAACGUAGAACCAGUCUUUGAUACUGAAAUCACCGACAUAACGUUUACACCAGGGCAAACAAAUAUGGAUGUCGUGCUUCAGUUGCCUAAAAUCCCUGAACCACGGCUACUGACCAUUAAACCGGGGUCCAUUACGGCCAAAACAUCCCGGAAAAUGCCCAUGGAUGCAUGUUUUGGAAGUUUGAAUCAAGAAAGAGCGUACUAUACCGUACCGAAAGAAUUUCAGAAAGCCAAAUUCCUUGGAUGCCUUAAGCGGGGUACCUGUUUUAACGUGAAGGGUUGGCCGUGGGAUAUCCAGUGCAUCGAUUACGGGUGCUAUUUAGUUGUGCAUGGUAUUACAGUGUCCAUAUUCUUCAGCACAGGCCAGUGUAAUCGUGAGAUCAGUAUAGAGGGAAAAGCGAGAAUUGCUAUCCCAAUGUGCAGUAAUGGUGCUCUGCGAUGUGCAUACCAUCACGGCAUCAAUGCAAUCAUAGUCAGCGACCGCUUGGCCCACAGUGUGUAUGCAGUGACACCCCAGGGUGACGUCAUGUUCCAGUACGGAGUGCGAUAUCAGAUUGAAAGCGGGGGCGAGGAACUGAAUGAUCCACGAGGAAUAUGCGUAGAUAUGUUUGGACACAUAUUCAUAGCUGACUGUCGUAAUGACAGGGUGGUUGUCCUUGGUUCAGACGGACGAUUUCUACGUAGAAUUUUGACAUGGAUUGACGAUAUAAGAUAUCCUUUGUCAGUCGAUGCCAACAGUAACGGUGAGCUUGUCGUUGGAACCGCCAGCGGAAAACUAUCCACGUACAGAUUUAUAGCACAGCAUAGCGAUGGCAUGACAUGA